AUGAGGUUGAUUUUGAAGAUUAUACCAGAAGAAAGGAAGACAGGAUGUUCGUUUUUCGACCCUAUGUUCUUCAUAUCAUAUAUGGAUGCAGUUAAAAAGGCAAAGAAAAAAGAUUGUACUGCAAUUGAGAAAAGCAAUGUGUGGAAGUGGAUAAAGAAGCAAAAGAUAUUUGCUUGCAGAUAUGUUUUUGUUCCCAUCUGCCAAAGUAAUCAUUGGAAUCUUCUCAUACUCUGCAACUUGGGAGAAGAUUUGGAGAUGAAUGAAAAAAGUCCAUGUAUGCUGUUAUUGGACUCACUUCAUGAAGCAGAACCAAAGAACCUAGAACCGUGCAUCAAACAAUUUGUGUACCAAAUGUAUAAGAAUGAGUCAGUACAAGGAACUGAUGAUGUUUUCCAGUUCGAUUUGAGUAUUCCAAUGGUUCCUCAACAGGAUGACGGUGAAAAAUGUGGAUACUAUGUUCUUUACUAUAUGUUCAAGUUUUUGAUGUCUUGUCCAGAAAACUUCAACAUUAAUGAACAUGGUGGCUUUAUGAAUAGCAGUUGGUUCACAGAGGAAGAGAUGAACAACUUUUUCAACAAUCUAUCAUCAGAGAAAUUGCAUACUGACCAAAUGCAAGCUUCAGAAGACAUAAUUGUGGUCAAGGAAAAGAAUCUUUCAAGUAAUAUGGAAGUUGAUGGCCAAAAUGUCGAUAAUGAAAUUGCUAAGAGGCUGAGAUGGUGGUACAAUGUGAACCUAUUCGUUCACUAG